AUGUCGCUGGCUGAACUGACAAGGAACGCUUUCCAGAGUGGUAUAACGGCACGAAAAUGGCUCGCCCUGUGCAAGCUGUUCAUCUCCAAGAACCUCUCUCAUAACGCAGCUCAUAGCAUCGAGACAGAAAUCAGCAACUCAGUUCUAGUACUUUUCCGUGACUAUCCUGGGGAUCCGACUUUGCAGGGAUACCUGAAAGAAGCUAUACAGGAUGGAGUAUUAUCGCUUCCAAUCUUCCUCACGGCCUUCCUCCAGGCAGCCCAGUCCGCCAAUCUGCAUAACCCUGCAACGCUGGAUAUGUUAUGCAGAGUCGUCCUCGACCAUCAUUACGCGUCUGGUAUGCCUACCAUGGGGUCCCUCGUGCCGUUCGGCGAACCAACUACACGCCUGCUGAGCACAGUCCAGUACGCCAUGGGGCUCCUGCGCACAGCAUUCAUGCUACCUGUCUCCCAUUUCCAUCAAUUAACGACAUCUGCAUCUGAGCUCCUGGUCUUACUUCUGUCCUGUGUGACCGACACCUCUCAGAUAUCCGCAGCACAGGCGAUGUUAUACCUCGCCGAGGCAAACGAUCUACUGCAAAACGUCCGCUUGCAUGCGGAGUUGCGCCCAGUGCUGGAGACAUUCGCUUUCUCUUUGAGUAUGCUCGUUCCCGAUGAUCCAAAUCAAGCCAGGGAAGCACAGAUGAUGCAUACGCUCCAAUUCGCACUCGGUAGAGGCGAGACGGUCCUGAGCGCAAGCUCUGAGACCGAUAUCGUAGCGUGCAGCUUAAUUUUGAACCACCUGAUAUUCUGCAGAGCGAGCGACUUUGGCUCCGGCGAUGGACCACAUGCUGUGGCGAUCUUCGUUGGGUUGCUUCGAGGCUCGUCAUGGGCGCCCUGGAUGUUCUAUGCACAGCUUAUCAUCUCCUCAUUGACAUGCUUAGCGCAAAGCAUCAGCCCAACUGGGCCAACAAGAGCAUCGGCUAUCUGGAGAGCAUUCACAAUUGGCCGCCUACCCCAUUUGCUCGCUGCCUUCCGCAAAGCUGGCCGCCCAGAGGCGAUCUCAGAAUCAGAGUGGCAUUCAGCGCUGCAAAUCGCACUUCCGCACGUUCUGCAACGCGUCGAUUUGUUGGAGAAAGUAGACAACAAUGGUCAGCCUGGCGGUUCGGACGCCGGAAGUGACAAGUCCGUAGUUCAGCACUCGUUCAUAUCUGAGUUUCUCUACCAGUUGCUCUCAGUCGGAGUCGUCGAGCAAGCGGUAGUGGCGACGAUAAACCCUAACCUCUCGAACGACUUCCAUCCUCGUGUCGCUACGGAAGCACAAGAAAUGGGUGUUGAUUUGCCAGGAUACUUCGAGGCGAAGCUAUGUCCUGAGGCAACCCCAGAAGAUAUCGAGGUGCUGCUCUACAGAGCAUGGAAAGAUCCAUGUUGCCAUGCUGCGUUCGCAGAGGUUGUUGUCAAGCGCUUCACGACGUCCACCAAGAACCUGGAUGCAGAGUCACUCGGGUUGGUCUGCAAGAUGCUCUCGAAGCAUGAGAUGGCACUUGACAUGUUAUCUCUGCAUGCGAAGAUCUCGGAUCUGGUCGCGCAUGCUCUGGCAUUCAUUGAAGAUUACGAUUGCGAGACUGCAGGCGACCCUCAGACAGCCGUCAGUCACCUAGGGGAUGUCGUUUUGUUCGUCGAGACCACUAUUGUGCGGUUCAAUCUUGCUUCUUUGUCAUUCAAGGUAGGAGAGAGGGUCAUCAACCCCGACUAUAUGCGGACCGCAGGUCUUCAACUGCGACCCGGCGAUCUCAAGGGUGAUGAGAUGCCCGCCUUCAGCUCAUGGACCAAAGCACUAUUUGACCCGGGGAGCGAGGGUAUAGAAGAUACCAUCUUGAGAACAACACGUCCCAAGACAUUACUCAAAAUCACUCCUUCUUUAUUCUCUUUCGCGAUUGCUCAGGCGAUGGAUCGCAAGAUGGACAAGGAAGUGCUCAACAAUGGGAUCUCCUAUUUCCUAGGACCUCUGCUAAAUUGGACGCUUGCUGGCGUCAUUCGUUCAUUGCUGAUGGACAUCCAGCGUCGCAGUUACAACGCACCCGUACAUCUCGAAGUGCUCAAAACCCUCCUGACCUCAUCGUCCUGUCCCCCUACCGUGUUGACGCUAUCUGCGCCUAGCGUCCUGCGCCUUUUCCCCGAUCCCUUCCCGCAGCAUAGCAAGAGAUAUCUCCAAGAUUUCGACCCCAAACCUGUCCGGCAAGCCGCCCGACAAGCACUCGGCCUCCCCGCUGAAGGUUCGUCAUCUAGUGUUAUAUAUCAUUUCCUGCUCAGACAUAGUACACAUACAGAGGUACCAAACCCGAUGCCUAUGGACCCAUCGACGACCCAAUGGUCAAGCCAGUCACGCCAGCUGAUCGCCAACGCCCUCUCUGCCGCGCGGUCAGGGAGGGCUCCUGCGCUCGACAUCGAUCGCUGUCUGCUGCUCUGUCCCCCCACGAAAUUCCUUGGCGCCCUGUGGACACAGCUCCUCCUCGCCGCGACGAUGGCCGACAUGGAAGCCCCGCGGCGGCUGGCGACGUUCGUGCUCACGGUCCCUCGCUCGCCCCGCUUGCCGCCGCUCCUGCCCAUCUUCUUGCACAUGGUUCUCCCUUCGCUCGUGGCGUCAGCGGAUGGCAUGUCCGGCACGGAGCAAACGAUCACGGUGGAGCUCCUCGUGGCCGUGAUAUCCUCGUCGCUGACGGCGGCGUUGCAUCUGGAAUGGGCCCUGCUCACGACGUGCGGGGAAGAACGCUUUGUCUUGGGACAAUCGGUCACAUCCAUGGCCCGUCGGCUGUCGGCGGAUCUGAAAAGACGGGGAGCCGGUACGACCGCCGGGAUGAUCUUGCAGCGCUUGACGGCGAUGCAGCCGUUUGUGGCCAACUUCCCCUCGUUCGCCGCAGAGGUGUAA